AUGAAUUUUCUUGACCCAAUCGCUAAGAAUCCUCUUCCAUCACAGAAUCGAAGUUAUCAAACACCGAUGGAUGAUCAACAUUUUGAAAUUUUAGUUCGAAAAAUCGUUCAUGAAACGAAUGAUCCGGAAAAAAAACUCGAAAUCCUUUAUCAAUCACGAGGAUUUUUUAGCGGUGAACAAGCUGGCCAUAUUGUAUCAUCAAUAACGCGACCGAAAGAUCGAAUGAAAGCAAUUUUGAUAGUAGAACCGCGUUUAAUUCCGAUGACUUGCCAACAGGCACGAAAUAUUCUUGCUACUAUAACCGUACAUAAUGAUCGACUUGAAGCACUUCAAUAUGUAAAAAGAGCUCUUAAUGACGCCCAUACACAAGAAGGAACGGAUUACAUACUGAGUGUUUUUCCAUUUUAUGAAGAUAAAUUAAAAGCAGGCGCUAUUUUGGAAACGAUCAUUGCACGAGAAGGAGUUCGAGUAGCUGCAGGUGGACAUAUUGGUUAUGGUGCGCUUGGUUCAACUGUUGUUCGUGCUCCACCAUUGAAUCCACAUUUUUACGGACUCGUAGCUAAUCAAAUAGCUCAUUUACCUAAUCAUAGUCAAGACGCAACGGUCGCGCGUAGUAUAUUUCCUCCAAAAGCUCCAUCAAUUUAUUCAUUUGGUGAAUCAUAUCUUCCACCGAGUCGACCAACGGAUAUCGGUGCUCAUUACACAUCUAAUACAAAUGACUUUACAAAUCGUCAAUAUCCAGGCAUGAAUACAGCACCGACACAUAUUUAUCAUGCAACUGAUCCAGGUCCAGUAGGUUACGCAAAUUUACAAUCAACUACAGCUCCACAUGCAUGUGAAACUGAGCCUCAAAUAAAUAAACAAACACAUACAUAUACGAGCUAUCCGAAUAGUUAUCCAUCAACUCGUAUCGAUCCUGUCACAAGCCAUUAA